CUCAAAUACAUUGUUCUUCCCCAAGUCCUUCACACUACACACCCAAACUCACCCCUUCCUCUCUCUCUCUCUCUCUCUCUCUCUCUCUCUCUCUCUCUCUCUCAAAAUUUCUGUAAAUUAUUAAUGGAGGUAUGGAAGACGCGCAUUGACUCACGCCAUCGAUCAUGGCCAUCUCUUCUCUAGAUCCAAACCCCGCAGAAACUACCAUAUUAUAUUAUAAUUUCUUCAUUCUCUUUCUUCUUUGUUGAUAAUCAGUAAGAAUUCUGUAGUUAUUAACAAAAUGGCCAAUUGGGAGCUCAGAAAUUGCUGUAAUCACGAUCAAUUAGUGUUCCUCAUCACUCUCGCCUUCUGCGUCGUCGUCAUUCUCGCGCUAUGGAGAACAGUGGUGCUUUUACCAUUCAAGCUUGUCACUGUAUUUCUUCAUGAAGCUAGUCAUGCUGUUGCUUGCAAACUUACAUGUGGCCAUGUUGAAGGAAUGCAGAUUCAUGCUGAUGAAGGUGGAAUGACUCAAACGCGUGGUGGUGUUUAUUGGUUUAUCUUGCCAGCUGGAUAUUUAGGAUCAUCAUUUUGGGGAAUGGUUUUGAUCUUGGCAUCAACAAAUCUUCUUGCAGCAAGAAUUGCUGCAGGAUGUUUAGCAGCUGCUUUAAUAAUCGUUCUUUUUGUUGCUAAAAAUUGGACACUUCGUGGGCUUUGUAUAGGAUUUAUUAUCAUUCUUGCAAUAGUUUGGGUUUUACAAGAAACAACAAAAGUUCGGAUUCUUCGAUACAUUAUAAUGUUCAUUGGUGUGAUGAACAGUGUCUUUUCUAUUUAUGAUAUAUAUGGGGAUUUAAUUUCUAGACAAGUUCACACUAGUGAUGCUGAAAAGUUUGCAGAAGUUUGCCCUUGUCCUUGUAAUGGUGUUGGAUGGGGGGUAAUUUGGGGACUCUUGUCUCUUUUAGUGAGGCAAAAAUUUAAAAGGUUAUUGGGGACUUGA